AUGGUGAAAACUCAUGCAGCUUCCUCUAAGAAGACCCCUGCUUCUCAAUCCAGAAAGGUUCCCUCUCCAUCGCCUCCUCCAUCUGUGUCAACGGCGCCUCCAUCUAUUCCAGUACCUGCCACAUCUAUUGGGAAAACUUGCAAAUCCAAGGCGCGCAAGAAGGUGUUCUCCCUCUCUAAUGAACACCCCAUGGUGUUUCCAGAUAUCACAGCUGAUAUUGUUGAUGUUGCACCACCAUCUAAAGUGGUGGUGCCCUCUCAAGCCAAGAACCUAUCUCAUCUUCCGAUUGAAUCGUCUCUAACGGCUAGGGCAAAAUCAAAAUCUAUUUCAUCUUCUUCCAAAGCUGUUGCUGCUGGGUUACUCAAACUGCCCUUGAAGCCGAGCCAGUCUAAGAAAAAUUCUGUGGCUCCAAAAAGAAAAUUGGGUUUGGACUCGUCUUCUUCCCCCUUGACUGCUACCAAGAAAAGAUUUAAGGCUUAUCCCCCUUCUCCGUCUUCCUCCGGAUCUGACCCUGAGGAAGGAAAAUCUGAAUUUGAAGCAACUCGUGAUACCACCUUAUCUGAUGAAACUGUUCCUGAUAAUGCAGAAUCAGAGGCUGAGUCUGAUGAACCAGAACAAGAAGACAUUGUCCCCUUUGAACAAGAAGUCGAAUCUGACAUAGAGCCAGUUGCAUCUCCUUUGUCAUCCAAGGCUAAAGGCAAGAGACCUAUUUCUAAUUCUACACCAUCUCCAAAAUGUUCAGGUGUAAAUUUCAAACCUUAUUCUUCAACUUUUUGUUAUAAUGAUAAUGCUCGUGAUAUGGUUCUCUAUGCUCAAAGGAAGUUUAUCAUUGAGAGAAAUUAUGUCUUGAGUGAUCAUCGGCCUUAUGGUGUGCUAACAAUGCUUCAAGAUCGAAAAUGGACAGGUUCUUUGGUUAAAUUUACUGGUUUUGUGGAUAGAAUAGUCAAGGAAUUCUAUGCCAAUCUUACUAAUGAAAUUAUUGAACCUAAAUCUCCUCUGUAUUGUAAAGUGUUUGUUAGGGGCCAUUGUUUCUCCUUUUCUCCUCAAGACAUUGCCCAUGCUUUGCAUCUUCCUCUUGAUGUCGAGGAUGAUGAUGUUCUUGCCACUCUUGACAAGGAUACGGUUAUCACUAAAUUAGUAGGGCAAAAAAUGGUAUGGCCAUCUAAUACAGUCAUCUUGGUCUCUAAUCUCACCUACACUUAUGCUGUCCUCCAUAAGUUUGCCACAACGAAUUGGAAACCAACUUCUCACACCGCAACUAUCUCAUUUGACAUGGCCUCGUUUUUGUACAAGGUGGGGACCGGUAUUGGUAUUAACUUGGCUAUGGUCAUCCAUGAUCAAAUCAUUGGAUUUCGAAAAGGUAAUAGGAAAAACUUGAAUCAUCCUUUUCCUCAAGUUAUUUAUAAAGUGUUGAGUAUGCAGAAAAAAGAUCUCCAACAUGAUCAAGAAGACUUUGUGGCUCCCACUACUGCUGCUUCCUACAAGGCCUCUGCUCCUCCUACUGAAGCCAAUGAUGCUCCAUCAACCAAGAAAGUCAAGCCCCAAUCUCUGAAGUUUGCCUCGGAUGACAUUCCUCAUGCAUCCUCCUCUGUUCCCACAGAUUCAGGACUUGUUGCUACAGAAAUAGCUGUUGUUCGAGCCUCUGUUGAUUCUUUGGCUGCUCGAGUGAUGUCGAUUGAAGGACUGCAACGUUCUGUGUUGGAUGCUAUUCAAACUCUGUCCAAGGAUCCAUUCGUUUAG